AUGACUGGCAAAUCCAUCGAGUUCGACAACACGGAUGCUGAAUGUCGUCUUGUUCUAGCUGAUGCGUUGUACUACACAUCAACCGAGUUCAAGCUGCACACGGUCAUCAACGUUGCCACUCUCACUGGGGUUAUGGAAGUCGCACUGGGUGAGAUCUACACUGACCGACUGAGUGUUGCCGGAGAGAGCGAGUACAAUCACUUCUGGCACAUGCCCCUCUACGAGGAUUGCAGCACACAGAUCUACUUAUCUAACACUGACUUGUGCAACACUAGCGGGAAACCAGCAGGUUCAUGCACCACUGCAUUCCUUAAUGUGUUCGUAGAUAGCAUCGAGGCCAAGGAUGAACAGGAACCCUCUGUCCGAUGGGCUCACCUUGAUAUUGCUGCGACUAUGGAGUUCACGCGCUCAACACCAUACCAAGAGAAAGGAAUGACUGGGUGUCGUGUUCAUGCAUUGGUAGAAUUUGUCAGACGUCUCUCAAGCCAAGAAUGA